AUGUCGUUCCGCCCGAUGUUGCAGCAACGGGCUGUGGCUCCGAUCGCAGCCACCCUCCUCGCUGGAGGCAUGGCUCUGUACCCCAAGCAAACAGCUUUUGCGGAAGAUGCUCGCGACCGGAAACCCAUCUACGACGACAUCACAUCUGAUAUCCCCGAGCUUUCCAAGCCCGCCGCCCCUGCACCUGUGGAACAAGCUCCCACCAAGGAAAUUUCCCUACCCCUGUUGCCCUCAACUCCCUCUUCGCCUACUCCGACAGAUAUCCUGACCGCUCAGGUCCGACAAGCCCGUCUCUUCCUCUACAACAACUCCCUUGCCGCAGAGAACGGCUUCAACAGCUUCCUAUCCCGGGCCCUUCACAUCGAAAAUGCGUUCACCAACACCGUUGCGUCGCUCGCGCCUUCUGCUGAGUCGGGUGAGAACCUGACUCCAGGCGGUGUCUAUGUUGUUGUGGCCGCCAUGGCCGGCUCCAUUGUGUCACGCAACCGCGGUAUCCUCCUUCGCACCAUGUCCCCUCUGGCCUUCGGCACCGUCGCUGCCUGGUCUCUCCUCCCCGUGACUAUGCGUAACAUCUCUGAUUUGGCCUGGGAGUAUGAGAAGAAGUUCCCUGCGGUCGCGGAUCAACACUUGGCUGCUCGCGAGCGGGCAGAGCGUAUCUGGUACACUAGCAUUGCGCACAGCCAGAUGACCCGCCAGAUGAUGGAAGAUAAGAUUGGUGAGGGCCGUAAGAAGCUGGAGCAGUUGGUGAGUAAGGGUCACUAG